AUGUUUCUCUUCAUUUCAACAGCUAUUUGCUCAAGCUUUGACUACUGUUAUUCAAAGGAUACAAGCCAGUGUCCUUCGUCAUCUGAGCGUUUCGUUUCAUAUGAUAGUUUAGUUGAAAAAGUUAAAGAAAAACAAAAAGAAGCUUCAUCAUUUUCAAUCACGAUCAUUCUAUCUACAUCAGAAGACAUCACAUUUGACUUUUCGAACGCUCCCAAUACAACAUCGUUCACAUUCCAGUCAAAUCAACUAACAUAUGGAAUCAAGUUCAAAAACACGCGUCCAUUUACAUUAAAUCUUCGCAAUAUCAAAGCAACAUUCGAAGGCAGUCAAUUAUAUACAUUCCAAACCCUUGAUAUCGAUACAAAAUCUGAAAUUAAUUUUCCAAAAGAUUCCGCACUCAAGUGCCAGACACUCAUUUGCACACUCUCAUUACUAGAAUCAUUGGCUAGCUACGAUGCAUCUAAACAAUUAACCAUUUUAAUUGAAAAUUCACCAUCAAAUUCAUUCACUACACCUAAAACCAUUUUAUACGUCAAAUUAGUCACAAAUGUCAAAUUAGGUAUCAAAACAGUGGAUUCUGCGACUACAGUUACAUUUCCAAACGAAAAACAAAUAAUCAUUCCUUUCAUUACAACGAAAUACAAGUCACCAAGUGCUACAACUAUUGAAGUUCGUGCAGAUUCAACAUACGACGCUGACUACUGCAAUAUGUUCAUGGAAAUUCCAGAAUUAGUUUUACAAAUUUAUAAUUCAAAAGUUACAGUUAACCAACACAGAAAAGACAUCAUUGCCCGAUUAAUUGUUGACUUACAUGAUGAUGGCAAGAUCGAAUCUGACAAAUACCUUGACAUUUACAAAAUCCUUUGUUCUUCCAAAGGAACAUCGGUCACAGCACCAUAUUUACAAGUUCCUGGUUCAUGGAAGAUGUUCAACAACUCAGAAGUAAACUUAAAUGCCAAAGAAAACUACAUUGAUGAAAUUUAUUUUUACGGAAAUUGUAAAAUCAACUCAGAUUUCGGUAUUUACACAAAAAUGAUUGAUACUUAUAGGAAUGACAAAGAUACAGAACAAAUUAUUAACUCAGAUGUUUAUAUUUUAGGUUACAUUUCAUAUGGACAAUCAAAAGUAUCAGUUAAAGGAAUUUAUCUAGAACAAGGUGCAUUUUUACAAUGUGUUUGUAUCAAUGGAGAAGUAACACCUCUUAAAGUAACAAAAGCGGAAUCCCUAAACAUUUCUUUCUGUACAGAUCCAAGUCUCGAAACAAAAGAAAAAGAAGCAUUAUUUGACAAAUUAUAUAUUGAAGAAAAAAACAAAUUUAAUGUCAUUGAAUCAGAUGCAGACAUCAAAAUCAAUAUAAUUCCUAAUACUGUUCUUGGUACAGAAUUACCUUUCUUCCAAAUUAGUGCUGUAUUCUUACUCAAAAAAGCAAAACCAUAUUAUACAAUAGCUUAUUUCGAUUCUCCAAUGAGUUACAAUUUGAGAUUAUGUUAUGGAGGAGAAAUAAAUAAUACAAGAUGUUCUCUUCUUCCUCGUUUUUAUUCAAAGGAAUACAAUGAUGAUUGGAAGAAACAAGUUAAAGCAUAUACAACACAAGUAUAUAUCUAUUUCUAUGAUGAUGAUAAAGAAUACACAAUUGAUGCAUCAGAUAUCAAAUUUGGUGCUGAAUUAGUUUUGACAAUUCCUGAAAAAUCUAAAUUAAUUUUGAAUUCUUCAAAAGAAACAGCAAUUUCUGGAUUAGGUUUAAUGAAUGGAACUGCAAAAGUUAACUUGGAUAAUUUCAAUAAACUCAGUAAUAAAAUGAUCAUUGAAAAUGCACAAGUUGAUUUCGUUAACAGCGAAAAACUUGGAAAACUUUCUGCUGUAUCUGUUUCUGGUUCCGUUGUUUCUUUUGACAAAAAAGUUUAUUUUUCAGGAAAAUCUUAUCAUUUCGAAACUUCUAAAAUAACAGGAGAUUUGGACUUCUCAAAGGCACAAAAGUUACAAGUUGACAUUAAUGCAUUAAACAUCUUUGAUCCUAAUCCACAAAAUCUUAAAAUUUAUUUGACAAAAGAUGUUGAAAAAAUCGAUUUACAACAUAACAAAUUAGAGUUUACAUUGUCAAAUAAAGAAAAAGUGACAGUUAAAGCAAUUCAUUCGAGAACGAUUGCUGUUGAUGGAUUACCUAUUAAGACGUUAACUCUUUCAUGUUCAGGAACUGACGAGAAACAAAUUCCAAGGUUGGAAUUCAUUGCUCUCUGGAAUUAUAACAUUGUUGGAGAAUGGCCACAAACAGAGUUACCUCUUGUUUUUGCUGAGACAAGAAUAAUGAAUGAAUUUCUCCAGUAUGUAAAUGUUAAUGUUAAAACAGAAGGAGCUUUUCCAUUGGGUUUGGCUCAUACUUUCUCAGGAAGGAAUGUUUAUCUUGAUUCAGAAAAAGAUGUCAAAAUUUCAUAUAAUUUGAAACCAAUUGAAGAUAAUUUUUACCCGUAUUUCCAUGCUUCAAAGAAUGUUUAUUUGAAGAAGAUCCAAUUGACAGAUGAUGGAGGCAUCGGAUAUGUUACAAACACAUCGAACAAGUUCUAUAUUGAUGAAGUCGAUGCAUCCGGUCAAUCAAUUGAGUUGAACAAUGUUGAAGUUCGAAACAUGACAAUGAUUAAAUCAUCUAUCACCGGUUUCUUCACAAAUUUUGUUGAUUCAUAUGUUACUAUGAAUGUUCCAGUCAAUAACCAAUGGUUAUCCACAUUCAACACCAAUGGAAAAUGUAACUUAAACUUGUUUUAUAUCAAUGAUGACCGUAAUCAUAUGAUUGCUAAUUCAACACAAAAUAUCUUCUGCUGUGAUGGUGGUCUUUCUGUUAAGAAACUGAAAACAGACACAGGUAAUUUACAUGUUAAAGACAAAUGCAUUGUUUUCACACCAUCUAUUUCAUCAUCUAAACUUCGACUUAUCUUAUUGAUCACAAUUCCAUGUUGUGUUCUUGUUUUAAUUGUUGUUGUUAUCUUGAUUGUUUUCAUUAGUAAGCGUUCACAUAAGAACAAAUUCGAGACAUCAACUGAAUUAACAGCAACAUUACUCUAA